GCCAACAGAGAGGAGUGAGGAACACACAAUUCUGUAAACGUCUGGGCACCCACCAGGGACGGACCCUACCCAGAGGGGCAGAGAGGAAGGCCACGAGAGGUAGAGUUUGGAGGAAAAGCCAUGUUCAGUCUGAUGAUGCUUCCACCUCUGUUUAUACUCCACAUGCAGCUUUCCAAGGCUUUUCCAGUACCUUCUGAAUCCCAAGAAGAGAAAACUAUAGAAAUUAUUCAGCAUUACCUAGAAAAUUUCUACCAGUUACCAACGACCAGAUACCGCUCUGAAAGAAAGAACAGCGCAAAUGUGAUUGUUGAAAAACUUAAAGAAAUGCAGCAAUUCUUUGGGUUGAAUGUGACGGGGAAGCCAAAUCAGGAAACUCUGGAGAUGAUGCAAAAACCUCGUUGUGGAGUACCUGACCUGGACAAUUUUAUGUUAACCCCAGGAAACCCCAAGUGGAAGCAAGCCAACCUGACGUACAGGAUUGUUAACUAUACUCCACAACUGUCAAAAGCUGAUGUGGACACAGCUAUUGAGAAAGCCUUUCAAGUCUGGAGUGGUGCAUCACCCCUGACCUUCACCAAGAUCUUCGAGGAAAAAGCAGACAUCAAUAUUGCUUUUGUCCAAAGAGAUCACGGUGACAAUUCUCCAUUUGAUGGACCCAAUGGAAUCCUUGCUCAUGCCUUUCAGCCAGGCCAAGGUAUUGGAGGAGAUGCUCAUUUUGAUGCGGAAGAAACAUGGACCAAAACCUCCAAAAAUUACAACUUGUUUCUUGUUGCUGCCCAUGAAUUUGGCCAUUCAUUGGGGCUUUCUCACUCCUCUGACCCUGGUGCUCUGAUGUAUCCCAACUAUGCUUUCAACGAACCCAGCACUUAUGCACUCCCUCAAGAUGACAUCAACGGCAUUCAGGCCCUCUACGGACCUUCAAAUAACCCUAUCCAACCAACUGGACCAAGCACGCCCAGAACCUGUGACCCCAGACUGACAUUUGACGCUGUCACCACACUCCGUGGAGAAAUGCUUUUCUUUAAAGACAAAUUCUUCUGGAGAAGGCAUCCUCAGAUACCAACAGUUGAACUCAAUUUUAUUUCUCUAUUCUGGCCAUCCCUGCCAACUGGUAUACAGGCUGCUUAUGAGGAUAUUGACAGCGACCAAGUUUUCCUAUUUAAAGGCAACCAGUACUGGGCUCUGAGAGGCUAUGACAUUCAGCAAGAUUAUCCCAAGCAUAUAUCAAACUACGGCUUUCCAAGCAGUGUCCAAGCCAUUGAUGGAGCUGUUUCCUACAGGACAAAAACAUACUUCUUUGUAAACAACCAAUUCUGGAGAUAUGAUAACCAAAGACAAUUCAUGGAUCCAGGUUAUCCAAAAAGCAUAGCAAGUACCUUUCAAGGAAUAGAAAAUAGAGUUGAUGCAGUUUUCCAGAGGAAUAAUUUCUUCUUUUUCUUCAGUGGACCAAGAUAUUAUGCAUUUGAUCUUAAUAAUCACAGAGUCACUAGGGUUGACAGAAGCGUUAGAUGGCUUAAUUGUAGAUAAAGUUGAAGCAAAAUCAAAUGUGUUUGUAUCCAUUUUGUGAAUAUGAAAAGGAAGUCUAAUUUGCAUAUUCAUUACAUAAUGUUUACUCAACAUUAAGUAAUGUUGUUUGCUAUCCCUAUAUUCAUUGGACCUGCCCUCAGUGAAAAUACAUUUAGAGUAUUCCACUGUUUGCAGAGUCUGAUUUAGUUCUUUUAUAUUCCAUUUUAGGUUAGUGAAUCCAUCACAAAGAGAAGGAAAUUAAGUCCUCUUUGUCACCUCAAUAUUCACUAUUUUCAUUACUGGUUUAUUUGACUUCUAAAAUGCUUAUAUAUUCCUACGUCUCUUUACACAUGUCUUAACUAUAUUGCUAUGUGCAAUUUAGCACUGGAGUUUAGUUAGAAGUAAGGAUUAUGAACAAUAUAGACAAUACCCCUUGCCUCUAUGGAAAAUGUGGUGCUAUUUUCCACUCUUGGAAAGAAAUAUCGCUGAUUCAUGUUGUGGGUUUCAUUGUGUCCUCCCCACCCCCACCCCAAAAAAAGAAUGCUGAAGUCCUAACCCCAGCUACCUAUGAAUGGACUUUAUUUGGAACUAGAGUCUUUGCAGAUGUAGUUAGUUAAGGUGAGUUUAUAUUGGAUUGCGAUGGGUCUAAGAACUGGUGUCCUUCUGAGAAGAGGAGAUACAUAAAUGCACAAUGAAGAAGGUUAUGUGAAAACAGAGGCAGAAAUGCCAAGAAUUACCGGAAACGACCAGAAGCUAGGAGGAGGCAAGGAAGGAUCCUCCCUAGAGCCUUCUGAGAGAAGAACAUGACCCACCCAAUACCUUGAUUUUGGACCUCUAGCCUCCAGAACUAUGAUAGAAUAAAUUUCUGUUGUUUUAAGCUA